CACAGACACUUGGUCGUUAAAUUAUUUUAAAUCACUAAUAUAUGUAAAAAUAAAAAGAGAAUAUAGAAUUCCAAUAUACCGCAAAUCAAUAAAUUAAAAAACUUAUCGAUGGAAGGAAACUGUAGUGAAUCGAGUGAUUCAUCGAGUGGAAGCUGUAAUUCGAUUAUUUGGAUUGGCAAAAAACUUAAUGCAUUUGGAUCACCUGAAUUAACUAAAACAACGAAAAGAACGCUAACCUCUGGAGCAAUUAAAACUGGGGAAGUGUCUAAAACGGCUGAGACAUCUCAAAAUUGUAAGAAAGAUGGUGUGUCUGAAAAGAAAUGUGAAACAACUGACAUAUCUGAAACAUCUGAUAUGAGUGAUAUAAUUAGUAUAUCUGAGAGAACCGAAAUACCCGAAACAAGUUUAUCAAUUGGAAGAUUUUUAUGUUCCGAAUCAACUACAUCUUCUGAAUAUGAUUCUGAUGAUUCUGAUAUUUCAGAUGAGACGAAAAUUAAAAAGGUAUCCUUGGAUUCAUCUUCAACAAUGCGCGUCGAUCCAGAAGACAUGUGGAAGACUUUUACCGAUUAUGAAUACGCGUCAGGUACAAUAAAAGUUGAAGUGCCUAAAAAAUCGAUUUUUGAGUUUUUGGAAUUCAAAGAAAAACCCAUAUGUUUGUUCAAUGUGCCAGAAAAAGUACCUUUAACAGAUAUUGUAGAUGAUAUGCUAACAAAUAAUAAAGGAGCUUAUAUGUGUAUUGAGAUUGGAUCUCGCAUCUUUCACUGCAUACCCAGUCUUCUCAAAGUUUAUUCCCCGUGGUUCGCCAAUCAAAAAUGGGAUGUAAAUAAUUUCAAAUUUGAUGAACGUGAUGUACCACCGAAUGCCUUUAAGGUAAUUUACAACUGGAUGCGAAAAAAAACUGCUAUCAAACUUCGAAAAGCUGUCAAGGUGAUGCAAGCAGCAAAGUAUCUUAAAAUCGAUCUUGUAGUUGAAGAAUGUUGGAAACUGUUCAGUAAACCAAAUGUGCGCGAAAAGAUCGCAUUUGAGUUGUUUUGGGAAGCCAGUAAUCUGUCCGAACUGGAUCAAUUGCGUUAUGUCAUGCUGAGCCGCAUCCGCUUCUAUUUUUUGCCCAUGGUCGGGACUGAGUCUUUCCUUAAACUGACUCUCGUUCAACUUAACAGUUUGCUUAAACUCGAUUCAAUUGGGGUAAACAGUGAAGUUGAAGUAUUCUUCGCGGCAAUUCGAUGGAUAAGCUAUAAUUCAACUGAACGAUUGCCCCAUAUAAAGGCAAUUAUGGAGUGCAUACGCUUUCCAUAUAUGUCGAUGUCCACAUUGUUUGCCAUUCGAGAAGAAACGGCUUAUCAUGAAUCCCAGGGUAUUAAUUGUGCGGAAUAUGUGCUUUUACAACUUCGUAAGGAUGCGGAUAUAAAAAUAAUGCUAUAUAAUGCCAUGUCCUACAUAAGUCUUUUCAUGCAAAACGAGUCAGAAGAUGACACAGAGGAGAGAAUUCAAAGAUUUAUACAUCCUCGCCGAUGGAUAUUUAAUCCGAAGAGUCCAUAUCAUUUGCCACGUCUUAUUUAUCCAUAUAAACACAGCAUUACGUAUUCUGAUUUCAUGAAUUUCAUCCAGAGUAUACAACUUGACUGGGUUGGUGAGAAACCGACAGAGAAUAUUGUGCGUAAUGUUGAUUUUGAUAACUUGUUGAAGAAAGAGACUGAUACCGAGGACCUAGGAUUUUUGGGGGAUGAAGAAUAGAUCGCCGAAAGGAGAUUGAAUAUAAAUGUUUUAAAUUUAUAAAUGUGAUUUAUAUUUUAAUAUAAUUGAUAACAAAAAUUUA